AUGUGUGAAUACAACGGAAGUCGACAUAAAGAAGUCCUCCAGAAUGAAAAACCCUCACAAAACCAGAAAGUCUGUGUAUGGGCUGCAAAACGAUAUCCGUACACACAGCCCAACCCACACCCCCGCCCCAGAGGCCAAGCAGCCUACAGAAGAAGAACUGCAGGAACAGAUCACCUAUUGGCAAUUGCAAUUAGACAGGCAUCGACUGAAAAUGUCCAAAGUGGCGGAGAGUUUGCUGGGCUACACAGAGCAGUAUGUUGAAUAUGACCCCUUCCUCACGCCUUCAGAUCCAUCUAACCCCUGGAUCUCAGAUGACGCUACACUCUGGGAGCUCGAAGCCAGUAAGGAGCCAGGCCAGCAGAGGGUAAAGAGGUGGGCUUUUGGCAUCGAUGAGGUUCUCAAAGAUCCUGUGGGGAGAGAGCAGUUCCUCAAGUUCCUAGAGUCUGAGUUCAGCUCAGAGAAUCUCAGGUUCUGGCUAGCUGUCCAGGAACUAAAGAAACGUCCCAUCAGAGAAGUUCCAACUCGGGUUCAAGAGAUCUGGCAGGAGUUUCUGGCCCCUGGAGCGCCCAGUGCCAUCAACGUUGACUCCAAGAGCUACGACAAAACCACCCAGAAUGUCAAAGAUCCUGGACGCUAUGCCUUCGAGGAUGCACAGGAACACAUCUACAAGUUGAUGAAGAGUGAUUCUUACAGCCGUUUCAUCCGUUCCAGUGCCUACCAAGAGUUAUUACAGGCCAAGAAGAAGAAAAGUAAGAACUUGUUCUGAAGGCUCUUGAUUCCAGGGGAAACCACUGACAUCCAAGAGGCUGACCAGUCGUGUGCCAUCAUGCUAAAAUCAAUGCCAUCUCUCUCUCUGGGACAUGGAGAGGGGGACCAUCUCAUCUCUUCGUCAUCAUUGUCUGUUCAUCCACUCUUGGCUCAGCUGGGCAAUGAGCCGGGCCGUCUGUUUGUCUGUUGUCCACCGGAUGUUGCAUGUCCAUGGAGAGGAGGUUCCUUCUUCUCUCUCCUCUUACAGUUCCUGAUAAAUUUCCAGUAUUCUCAGAAAGGAGGCACUGCUGGACUUGUGAGGACACUGACUGGUGAGAUGAAAAAUAUCAGAUCCAGUGUUCCAGUUCCUUCUAUCAUAACAGCUGGAUCGGAGCCCCCUCUCUCACUUCCAGCUGAAACAAAUGAUGUCAGAGAGAAAAAAACACAUAGAAAAGAUAUAUAAAAUGACAACUUAAACUGAUAAAUCUAACCAAUGUCAUUGCUUUACAUGAUCUGAGGUCACAGAUACUUUGUCACGCUAUGGGAAGUGUUGUGCAGAAUGAAUAUACUAUAUAUAUAUAGAUAUAUACAUAUAUAUUAUGAUUAUUAUGAUUAUUUAUUGUGCAUUUAUUUUGCUUUGCAUAAUUUUAUUCACUACAACAAUUAGCACAUAUGGUUUUCAUUGCACUUGUAUAGUCACAUUGAAAAUUACAAAAAUGCUGUCUCCUGUCUUAUGUAGAACAU